AUGGCCACGCUCCUCCGCCGCCUCCUCCGCUCCACCGCCGCCCCCGCGUCCAUCUCCGGCCACAUACCGUUCUCCACCCGAUCCCGCCGCACGCCGCACCGCUUCCGCCGCGGCCGCGGCCGCAACCCGCCGCCGCCCUCCCCCGACGCCAUCUCCGCGGCCAUCGCAUCCCUCCCGUCCCGCCUCACCCCGCCCGUGCUCGCCUCCUCCCUCGCCUCCACCUCCGACGCGCGCCUCCUCCUCCCGCUCCUCACCCACUCCCUCCGCCUCCCCGCCUUCCGCCCCGACCCCGCCCCGUUCCUCGUCGCCAUCAAGCGCCUCGCCGCCGCCGACCUGUACGCCGACUUCGACCGCGCCUGCGCGCUCUCCUUCUCGCUCCUCCCCUCGCUCCCUUCUCCGGGAACCCUCCUCCGCGAUGCGCUCUACUUCUACUGCCAGUUCGGCAGGCUCGGCAAGGCCUUCCACGUCUACACCCUCAUGCGCGCCUCCCCCGACCCUGCGGCGCGCCCCUCCGCCGACACAUACCACGCGCUCUUCACCGCGCUGCUGUCGCGCGGCCGCGGCGACACCUUGAUCCACUACAUGUACAUGGACAACGUGUCGGCGCUGUUCAGGCAGAUGCUCGAGGAGGGGAUCCUGCCGGACACGCGCACGCUCAACGUGCUCGUCAGGGGCUACGCGCAGUCGCUGCACCUCAACGACGCGCUGCGCGUGUUCCACCAGAUGCAGCCCCUGUACGGGUGCGAGCCGGACGCGUCCACGUACAGCUACCUCGUGCACGGGCUGAGCGCGCAGGGCCGCACCAGGAACGCGCGGGAGCUGUUCGACGAAAUGCGCGAGAAGGGCCUCCUGCCGACGGAGCCAGCAUGCAACGCGUUCGUCAGCGCGCUGGCUAUGGCCGGAGAGGCCGAAGACGCGGAGCGGGUAAUGUGGGAGAUGGCCAGGGCCGGGAGGGUGGUGGAUGACAUCACAAGGAGGGCAUUGGUGGAGGAGUUAUGGAGGGCCGGGAAGCAGGAGGAUGCUGAUAGACUAGCAAGGGAGAUGGAGGAGAAGGGCAUUGUGAGUGCUCGCGAGCUUCGGGCGCUUCUGAAUUACAUCCAUGACGACGACGGUGAUGAAAAUUCGGAUGUUGAUGGCAGAGGGAGGAGCACAUGGUGAGAGGUUGCUACAGAUAGACAGCGAUGGCAAUGUGACGACAGAAUGAGAGAUUGCAUCACCUGCAACUGCAAGUCUGAACAACGGGGCAAGGACAACAAUUGUCCUAAAGUCGGUCAGGAUUCAGAAGUAGUAACAGGACAAAGUUGUGACAAAGGAACUGCGAGAUGUCAAAUACUCAGCGAUGUAAAUUCA